GGCCGCCGGAAGCGGCGGGUGGUGGCGGGGCCGGCGCGGAGCGGGUUCGACCCGCCGGGGCGGCAGCGGCGCAGCCGGAGCUCCUGCCCCUUCCUUCCUUCCUUCCUUCCUUCCUUCCCUCCCUCCGUGCUCGUGUUCCUGCCUUCGCUCCGCUGCAGCGCGGCACCGAUGAGCGCGCUCCGAGCGUCCGGCGUGCGGCCGGUGCCGACCUGGCUGCUCCUGCCGGGGCUGCUCCUGCUGGCGCUGCUCCUGCCGGGGCUGCUCCUGCCUGGCGCCGCCGCGGGCGCGGGCUGCGACCUGGAGGCUGCGGCCGGCGGCGGCGGCCGGCGGGGAGGACGAGGAGGUGCCGCCGCCUCUGCGGCGGAGCCGGCGACAGAUCCCUGCAGUUCACUCAGCCCACCAUGCUUUACUGAGGAGGACCGAUUCAGCCUAGAAGCUCUCCGCAUGAUCCAUAAACAAAUGGAUGAUGACAAAGAUGGUGGUAUUGAAGUAGAUGAAAGUGAUGAGUUUCUAAGGGAAGAUAUGCAGUACAAGGAUGCCUCUAAUAAACAUAGUCACCUGCACAGAGAAGACAAACACAUCACCAUUGAGGAUCUGUGGAAACGCUGGAAAACAUCUGAAGUUCAUAACUGGACUCAAGAGGACACUCUUCAGUGGCUUUCAGAAUUUGUUGAACUGCCACAAUAUGAAAAGAAUUUCAGAGAGAGCAAUGUCAAUGGAACAACACUUCCCAGGAUAGCAGUAAAUGAACAUGCUUUCAUGAUCUCUCACUUGAAAAUAAUUGACCGGAGCCAUAGACAGAAGCUUCAGCUUAAAGCCUUGGAUGUGGUUUUAUUUGGACCUCUUACCCGUCCCCCUCACAACUGGAUGAAGGAUUUUAUAUUAACAGUUUCUAUAGUUAUUGGUUUUGGAGGCUGCUGGUUUGCAUAUACACAGAACAGAACCUCAAGAGAACAUAUCACAAAAAUGAUGAAGGACUUAGAAAGUCUUCAAACAGCAGAGCAAAGUCUUCUUGACUUGCAGGAAAGGCUUGAGAAGGCACAAGAAGAGAACAGAAAUGUUGCUGUGGAAAAGCAAAAUCUGGAGCGCAAAAUGAUGGAUGAGAUCAAUGAUGCAAAACGGGAAGCUCAUCGCCUAAGGGAAUUAAGGGAGGGAGCUGAAUGUGAGCUCAGCAGGCUCAAAUAUGCAGAGGAAGAAUUAGUACAGGUUCGCAUGGCUUUAAAAAAGGCUGAGAAGGAGUUUGAGUUGAGAAGUAAUUGGUCUGUUCCUGAAGCUUUGCAGAAGUGGCUUCAGUUAACACAUGAAGUUGAAGUACAAUAUUACAACAUCAAAAGACAGCAUGCAGAAAUGCAAUUAGCAAUUGCCAAAGAUGAGGCAGAAAAGAUAAAAAAGAAGAGAAGCACUGUAUUUGGAACAUUACAUGUUGCACACAGCUCCUCCCUGGAUGAAGUGGACCAUAAAAUUCUUGAAGCAAAGAAAGCACUCUCUGAGUUGACAACGUGUUUGCGAGAGCGUCUUUAUCGAUGGCAACAGAUUGAGAAGAUUUGCGGGUUUCAAAUCGCACACAAUUCUGGGCUACCAAGCUUGACCUCCUCUCUCUACUCUGAUCACAGCUGGGUAGUUAUGCCUCGAGUCUCCAUUCCUCCUUACCCAAUUGCAGGGGGAGUUGAUGACUUAGAUGAAGAUACUCCUCCAAUAGUUUCACAGUUUCAUGGGUCCAUUGUGAAACCUCCCAGCAGCACACUGGCAAGAAGCAGUAGCUUGUGUCGAUCAAGACGCAAUGUUGUGCCAUCAUCUCCGCAGUCUCAGCACGCUUUGCACUCCCCUGACCCUGACAUCCUUUCUGUGUCGAGCUGCCCAGCUCUUUAUCGAACUGAGGAGGAGGAGGAAGCCAUUUACUUCUCUGCUGAUAAACAAUGGAUCAAAAGCAAUGUCAGCUACUGGGCGAAGAGAAGAUGGAUGGUAACACAAUUCUUACAGCAUGUUGAGCGUGUACCUACUCUUGUUACAUGGCCUCAUAGGAAAAGGUUAAAUUCCUUUUGGAAGGAGCAAAUGAGCUUGUUGAAAGGGAAGUACAGGAAACCGGUUCGGAAUGUGACUCCUUAAAUUCAUCCAUUGGAAGGAAGCAGUCUCCUCCAGCAAGUCUUGAGAUGUACCAGACAAUUUCUCCUCAGAAAGUAUCCCCAGAAGAAUUCUCACUGGAGGAAUCAUCUACAGGAGACUCCUCUUCUUUAACUGCAGAUAUUUCUAGGGGCUCUCCUGACUGUGUAGGCAUGGCAGAAACUAAGAGCAUGAUCUUUAGUCCUGCAAGCAAAGUUUAUAAUGGAAUCCUGGAGAAGUCCUGCAGCAUGAACCAGCUUUCAACUGGGAUCCCAGUCCCAAAGCCUCGGCACACCUCGUGUUCUUCAACCGGCAGUGAUAGUAAACCCAGCCAUGAAGCUGCUUCUGUGCCCAGGAUAAGUAGCAUCCCACAGGACCUCUGCCAAAAUGGUGAAAAAAAUAAAAAGCCAUCAAAAAUAAAAAACCUCUUUAAGAAGAAGUGUAAGUGAGAUGGGCAGAAGAAAACCUAUAGUAAUGUUAUGAGAACUCUAUUUUUUACACCUUUAGGAAUGUAAUUCCAUUUGAGCAUUCCAGACUGGAUGCCCUUGUGGAAUGCUCGGUAGGUCACCUAUAUUUAACUGACUGUAACGGUCGUGCCAGCUGUCAAUGAGAAAUCCAUUAAAAAGUUCAGACAGUUUACAUUAA